GCCCCCUGACGAGGACACGGCAUCACACGAGAGCGACUGCGAGGAAGAGGAGGAAGACACGACCGCGCACUUAAAGCCGCGCCGACCCUUCUGGGCCAACAAGAUACAGUUCGUACUGGCCUGCGUCGGCUACUCCGUCGGCCUCGGCAAUGUCUGGCGGUUCCCUUACUUAUGCUACAAAAGUGGUGGAGGAGCGUUCCUCAUACCUUACUUCAUAAUACUCCUAGUAUGCGGUGUGCCAAUGCUGUUCAUGGAAUUGGCAAUAGGCCAGUACACAGCCCACGGUCCCAUUGGUGCCUUGUCACAAAUUUGCCCUCUUUUUAAAGGUGCGGGCUUGGCCAGCGUAGUGAUCUCAUUCCUAAUGUCCACCUACUACGCGGUGAUAAUUGCGUGGGCAAUAUAUUACUUUUUCACGUCGUUCAAGACGGAAGUGCCGUGGGCAAGCUGCUCGAACCGCUGGAACACAGCGCAGUGCUGGGUGCCCAACCACAACAUGACCAAGCCCAACGGCUCACAGACGCCCACCGAACAGUUCUUCGAGAAAAAGGUACUGAGCAUGAGCGCAGGUAUUGAAUACCCUAACGGAAUGCGGUGGGAGCUGGCCGCUUGCUUGGUCUGUGCUUGGGUGCUAGUUUACUUUGCUCUAUGGAAAAGUAUCAAAUCUUCCGCAAAAGUCCGAUACAUCACCACAACACUGCCCUUUCUACUAAUUAUAGUUUUCCUCGGACGUUCACUGACACUCGACGGAGCUGAUAAAGGCCUGAGGUUCUUCUUCAAGCCGGAAUGGGAACUUUUAAAGCAAUCGAGGCCAUGGGUGAACGCGGCCUCUCAAGUAUUUAACUCGAUCGGAGUGGCUUUCGGGUCCAUGAUAAUGUUUGCGUCUUACAAUAGAUUUGACAAUAACUUCCUUCACGACACUGUGGCCGUGUCGCUUAUCAAUGCAGUCACCAGUCUCAUCGUGGGAAUAUUCACUUUCGCCACAAUCGGCAACAUAGCUUUUGAACAAAACACAUCUGUUAAGGAUGUAAUCGCUGAUAGUCCUGGGUUAUUGUUCGUAGUGUACCCGCAGGCUAUAGCAAAAAUGCCAGCUUCACAAUUAUGGGCGGUGCUUUUCUUCUUUAUGUUCCUUUGUCUUGGACUUAAUAGUCAGUUUGCAAUCGUGGAAGUAGUUGUGACGUCCAUACAAGACGGGUUCCCAGACAUGAUACGCCGAAGAUUAGUGUACCACGAACUGUUAGUGCUGUGCGUGUGUGGAGUCUCAUUAGUGUUCGGGCUGCCUCACAUAAUACAUAGCGGCAUAUAUGUCUUUCAACUGAUGGACUAUUAUGCCGCUUCGUUGAGCAUCACAUAUCUCGCCUUCUUUGAAGUGGUGGCUAUUGCUUGGUUCUACGGAGUCGGCAGAUUAUCCAGAAACAUUAAGCAAAUGACAGGUCGCCGACCUUCGUUGUAUUUCCGAGUGUGCUGGCUGGUAGCCACGCCGGCGCUGCUGCUGGCACUGUGGGUGGCUAGUAUGGUGGACUACACACCGCCCUCGUACAGGCAGUACCAGUACCCGACGUGGGCGCAGGUGCUCGGCUGGAUCAUUGCAUCUCUCUCAUUGCUUUGUAUACCAGUUUACGCUAUUUUCAUCGUAAUCGGAUCACCCGGAAAUAACUGGAGAGAGAAAUUGCGUAAUUCAAUACGACCCACAUCAAUAUGCGAAUGCGGUGUGAACGAGUGCGACAUCUGCUGCUCAGAAUCUGAACAGCCGGACGACAAGACCGCUAUCAACUAGUCUGAAACACAUUAGAGAAUAAGAAAAUACAUACCUACUUUCUACAAUAGCAGGAGAUAUACUUUGAUAUCAAGAAUAAACAACACAGUAAGAUAAUAGAACACGACAGUAUUCCAUCAUAAUUAUCAUUAAUUUAUAACGGGCAGAGACAGCACUCGACCUAAAACAAUAAUCAGGUAUACCUACAGACAGACACUAUUUUAGUGUUCUCUUUGAGUGGACAGUGCUUGAUGUUGUCUCUAUAUUUAGAACCUAAUACUGUCAAAUAUUUUCAGAACAACUAAACUUACAGAAUAAUAGUAACCUAAAUGUAUGUCAUAAUUCAUAAAUGCUGAUAACUUCCAACUCAAUCCAGACUUAGCAAAAAAAUCUGUAACCAAAUAUUACAUUUGUAUGCAAGAUCUGGAUUGAACCAAAUUGUAGUUUGUAGAUACCCAACAAAACCAGUAUUAAGUUUUAUUUGUAGGAAAAGAUAAACAGCGACACGUUGGAAGUUAGUCACUUUAAUUCAAAAGUUAAUAAUGUUAGUUUGAUAAUGUGUAAUAGGUGCGUUUCCUAAAACAUUUGUGAUCAAAGUCAUUCCAUUAGAAAGAGUAUAAGUAACUUAGAUUUAAAAUCUAUUUAUUCUUAGUAAAUGUCAAUUAUAAGAUUAGUAAUAAAGAGAUUCGAAUUCAAGAAACUUGAAAAUUUUUGUAACAUUAACAAUCUCAGUGAGAGUGGAUUUUUUUAUGACGAACAAGUUGAACAAUAUCAAUGCAAAACAGCUGAUAAAGCCAUGUUAUUAAAAAACAAUAAUAUUAAUAAUUCAAUCUACAUAUAGUCAGCCAGUAAUAUGACCUAGGUUUAUUUUAUGCACUUGAGAAGCAAUUUAGCAGAUAUGAAUAAUAAUACCAGUAAGUCAAAGUACAAGAGAAAUAUAAUACCUUACAAUUUAUAAUGUAAAUAACAAUUUGUAAAUAAACGCCUACCAAACUUGUUAAGUGUAGCCAUUAAGUUAUAUUAAUAAAAUAUAAGAAAACAAUUGAA